AUGUUUUACUUCCAUUGUCUAUUUCUCUGUCACACUCUCUCUCUCUCUCUUCCUCUUUUUUCUCACUGUUUUAUACUCAUUCUCUCUCAUUCCAGCCACCACUUCCUCUCACUUUAUUUAUUUCUGUCUGUGUUUAUAACUCGAUUUUAUAUUCAUUCCAUCACUGCUAUUCUAUUUCUGUUUUCUAUCUCUCUAGCUAUCAUUUUCUUGCUCUCUUUCUCUCUAUUUCUCUCUCUUUCUCUAUCUCUUUCUCUCUCUCUCUCUCUCUCUCUCUCUCUCCCCGCUAUAUAUUUUCUCCUUUUUAUUUCCUUUUUUCUCUAUUCUUAUCUUCACCUCUCUCUCUCUCUCUCCCCUCCCUCGUCUUUCCUUUCUUUUUUCUGUUUUACUCGUAACAUAUAUUUUGUCGCUGUAUUUGUCUCCCUUUUUAUCCCCCACUCUCUGUCUCGCUUCUUCUCUUCUUUUCAGGCUUCCUCAUCUAUCUUUCAUACUAUUCUUUUCCCUUCUCUCUUUCAUUUGUUCUCACACUUCAGAAUUUCCAUCUUUCCUUUCGCUCUUUCUGUCAUCGUCACUUUUUUCUUUAUUCUUCCUCCCCCCCCUCUCUCUCUCUCUCUCUCUCUUUAUCACGUUACUUCUCUCUCUCUCUCUUUUUCUCUCAUACACUUCUAUUUUCAUUAA